GAGUUACGAACAACUUGGCUUGGAUCAAGACGGCUUCGGCCUCCUCUGCUUCUGUCUCUUCUUCCUCUCGUGUUCCUCUCCUCCUCUGUACUAGCUAAACCUUGGUGAAUCCAUGGCUUGUAGUUCAAGUCCUUGAGCAAUUGAUCUCUGUACUAGUGUGUUGCUAACAAUUGGUAUUCAGAGCCAAUCGAUUCCUCCACGCAAAAUCCACACAAAAUUUCCCCACCGUAAUCGAUCUCCAGCCAUGUCACGGGGAUCAGCUUGGGCUGGCCGCCCUGAUCGAGUGUUCACGUCGGUGGAGGACCCGCAGCAGCGACGCCUCGCUGAGUGGAUGGACCAAGACAAGCAGGCGCGGCGUCGCGCCGAGUUUGGCAUCCGUAUUGCAGCCAUCGCGGCGCAGGUGGCUUCCGAGGUGUCGGCGGCGGUAGCAUCGGAGGUGUCGGCUGCCGUUGCCGCGGCGCUACAGUCUGCGCGGGCGGGGCACCACGAGUACCUCGACCUUGAGUCGACGACCACAUCGACCCCAACUGCUCCAGUGGCAGACGACCUCGCCUCUCCCACCGCAGCAUCAAAUUUGUCUGAGGUCAUCGUCGGUGUCGUCACCGAGUGUGGCUGCACCGACCUCGAGCCCACGGCCGCGACCUUAACUCUGACCUCCGCACUGGACAUCUCGGGCGCCUGUUCAGCGGUGAACUCGCUCGCGCUCCCUACAACCAGUGGCUGCUCCGCCGUGGUGCACACCACGUGUUCGACGCAAUGCGCAAGCCGCACCGUCACCAUGUCGGUGUCAGCGACAGCUCCAGCCACAAUGUCAGCUUCGUCCAAGGUCACCGGCGAUGUCGUUCCCGAGCUCUGCUGCCUUGACCUUGAACCAUCAGAUGUCCUCGAGCUUAUCAGAACGCCGCCCAAGUGUUCGACAGAAGGUCUGAAUGACGACCCCGUGGUCAUGCAUGAACAGCAGGAGCGCUCCAAGGAAUAUGAACAUUCAGUACAAGAUGCCAACAUGCCCUGUGUGCUUCAUGUCAUCAACAGUUGUGAGUUCCCUGGAACUACCAACCAGGUCAAAACUGCAGCCCUUCGCCCAACUAAAUCAAUCACCGAGCACAAGCUAAUUGGUGUGGAUUCACUGCACACACCGUGGACUCCAGCGAGGAGCACAACUUGUAGAAUGUUCAACGUGCAAGGUACACUGUAUGUUAUGCAGUUAUCAGGGGAAUUGCAAGACUUGGAAAUAGUGGAACCUACAGGGAGUGCACCUCUCACUGUGAUUUAUAGUGUUCCUGGAGUUCAAACAGCACGGCUGAAUCCAACUGUAUUCAAGUGGUCAGAUCUUUUUUGUUUUGCCACACAAUUUCUUAGUGCAAGCACUCUUGAUUUAUUACUAGCGAAGCGAGAUGCACCUACUGUGAUUGGGAAUUUGUGCUGUGAGAUUCAGAGCAAGGGAAUAAUAAUAGAGAGACCAUAUUGGCAAUUGAUUGCGGAAGUAAGUUUGGAAGCACUCAAGCUUUCAUGGCUGCCACCUCAAGGUAUUAUUUGUGUACCACUCAGAAUUUCUCUGCUGAAGAAAUCAAUUGGCAUAUAUCGACAAUUCUAUUGGGAGGGUAGAAAUUCUUUUGCAGUAGUGUGGGCACUGACUUUGCAAGUGCACGAGCAUAAGAACAGAUGCAGUUUACUAGAACAUGAUACAUCAGUGGUGCUCCUUAUUGCUCAUGGUACUACUAUCGUUCAGUGCAUCCUUGUGCAUCAGGAGAGGUCCAUUGGAAGUUUGAAGAUUGAUAUGUCAACUAGAGAUAUAAUUGCAGCAUUACAUAGGAAGAAGCCAAGGCCUUGUUGGACGACAUUUUUCUAUGGCCACCAGUUACACUAUUCUGACCAGUCAGAUUCAGUUACAAAUGUUUUUCAGAACCAGCACAGAACUGAAUAUUCUAUUGGAAGAGUCAUUCUUGAGGAUUUCCAGUGGGCACCUGCUUGGUCCUUUUCCAUGGAGUUUUUGCUAUUUGGAGAUGAAUGUUCGUUUGAAGCUCUGUUGGGCUGCCACAUCUAUAGUGCGUGUUUGUUGGAUAAAAGCAUGGGGAUCACUCUAGGAAGCGAUGCAAGCUACGGUGAAUGCAUAAUAAUCAGUCCUUGCCGUCCCCAAUUUCAACCCGAACCAUGUGAAGGUUCCUGCUCUUGAUUUAUGGGCUACCAGAAUUGUGUUCCAGCCAAGGGAAACAGAGGGCGUGCAGCCUAGCGCAUAUUCCUUCUGUUUGGAAAUUUCCUUUCAACACCGCCCAUGUUUCCAACGAACAAGUUUCCAGUUCAGGAGGUGUGCUACUUUGAACCUCUCAACCACAAGCUUGGUAAUGGUAGUGGCCUUUCCACCGGUAUUUGAAGAGGGACAGACAAGUGCCAUGCUCUGUAUGGACCAGAUG